AGAUGAUCGUCAUCGCGCUGAUAAAAGGGGGAGGCAACGUGGCUAAGUUUGCCUCAGUUUGUCGAGAAUCGCAGGCCGUCAUCGAAAAGCCAAAUUUUAGUCGCCUCAAACUUACGGUCCCACGCCUCGCAGACUUUAGCGACAUAGCAACUCGAAAAAGAAGUCAUAUGAAAUACAUUUGGCUCUACAUAGAGCUUCAAGAAAAUCAUUCAAGGUCUAUAAAAAGUGUCUUUCGCAUUCUUGGCAAAUGGAAUCCCCAAGGCCGUUUGACCCUAGAUAUCAGCGUGCAGUCUCCCAGCGAUUCGAAACAUCAUUUCAAGAAUGCACAUUUCGGACCCGAUAUUGCACACAGCUUCGAGAGCGAGCAACCGCUUUCCAGCUUUCAUGAUCCGCCUCAUGGCUGGGUCAAUGGCACUCAGGUCUACCUUCCGCCCUUGUGUUCCGUCGAAAGAUUGUUUGAGGAUAUUGAGUUUCCAUCAGAUUUCUGGCAAGAAUUAUCCAAAGUCACGGCCGUAACAAGGUUUCGGUGGCUAUUUGAAUACCUUGUUCCGAACGCCCUAAAGAAGAUGGUCGUGUUUGAAGAUUUCAAUGACAAGUACACUGCUAUUGGCCAGGGAUCGCGCGAUCCUGCAGAGCCUGUUCGGACAGCAGACUCUGGGGUCACUAGAGCCCUGGCAGAAGCUAAGCUCGUGUCACUCACUCUUACCUCUCGCCAGCUGACACCCGAUGGGGAUUUAGCGAACAUCAACGAUCUGCUUCAAAUAGCAGCGGAGGCUGCCAAGAAAAUGCCUAAGUUGGAGAACAUGGAACUAUGGAAUGGCGGGAGAGCAUUAGCCUGUGUUUUCCGAUACCAGGCGUCUAAAAAUUGCAGACCUGCUAGAAUAACCUGGAGAGGCAACUGGGACUUACCGCUGGAGCCUAAGUUAUUGGACGCCAAUACUGUUAUCCAGUCUCACGGCGAUGCAGUCCGUGUUCUGGAAUUUUCGCAUCAGGUAGCUUCUCGCGUUUCGUUAUGGCAGAUUCAAGUCGAGAAUAGCCUUUAG